AUGAUAAACAAUCAAGAUCCAUUGCUUUCUGAAUUUCCUGGGGCGUUCAUGCUUAAGAUUAGCAUGAUUGCUGGAAAUGGUUAUUCUUGGAUUUCUUCUGUUUGCGAAAAGACUACGAAUAAAAUUGUACCAACGACAACACCACUAACAUUAAAAACAACAUCAACUGGUACUACAACUACUACUAUAACUACUACUACAAAAUCAACUACUGCUACUACUACAACUACUACUCUUAUGACGACCACUAAAGGAAAACAUUGUGAACUCAAGAGUAGUCCUUCUGAUUUUAAUUUAUAUGGUUGCCAUUAAGUUGAAUUUUUUAUUUUUUCUCAAAAUUAUUUUUUUCAGUUGCUCAAGCCUUUGGAAUAAUACCGAUAUAGAUCAUGAUGUUCGUGCGCCUGUUGAUGAUGUUGAUCGGUCGAUAUUAUUUUUUAUAUU